AGUAUCUGUAGACUACCUAUACACCCCACUAUACUGAACCCUACUAUCCACGGGUACGGAGAUACCUAACAGCCUGCGACACAACCCCAUACUAUUUCAAUACACACACUACCGAACCCACGCUACUCCGUACUUUUCCUUCGUACUCAACCAGGCUACCCAUCGCACUCGCGCCCGCACCUACACCUGCACCCACCAAACCCAGUACCACCAGUGCAUUCUAGUGGAUACACCACACCCAUAGCCUACAGGCGUUCCUGCCUACCUGGGACUCGAUACUUUUCCUCAUCGAAUUUCUACACAUCCGCGCUAAUCCUUCCGCUUUGGUCCACUAAAUUUGUAUGUCGCCUGUCUGGUAAUGCUGAACCCUCGCCCUCCUCCUCUUAGCCCUCAUCAUUCGCGCGGCGUCUGCAUCGUGUGCAUCACUUCCAGCGCCAGCCCUUCCCGUCUCCCCAUCGCUCCCUCAACACAAUAUUACAAGGACCACCUCCCUACGACCUCUUGACCUCAUUCUCUCCGUACUCGUACUCUGUACAUCUAGACCCAACAACACCUGCCAGCAGGCUCUAGUCUUCAAGCACGAGCACCCAUCGUCUCGCCCAUCCAGACUCCAGACUACCGACUCCAGACUCCAGACGAGUCCAGCCUGCGAAAGCAGAGUCGAUUCGAGUCCAGUCCCCCCCUCCAGUCCCCUCCAGUCCCGUCUCGUCCAAUCCUGCCAGAAAAUAGCACCGUACCGUACCGUACCGCCUGCGCGGACGCUGACCUACCGCCCUGGACAAACUUCGCCCUUUCUCAGAUCGGAGUCUUGGUUGCAGCCCUUGGUCGCUUUAUCUACGUCACCGCAUCCUCUGUCCCGACACAAUCCCGACCGAGGGUGCUCACAUCCCAAAAGAGCCGCCGUCUCUGGCCUGGCCCAGAACAUCCCAUCGCUUCGACAAAGCUUCCUAUGACGGUCGACUGAACCUCAACUUUACUAGAGGCGGCCCAUGAUGGAGAAAGGAGGUGACAUGGGGACGCCAAACAGUUCGAGCGACUUUGUGAGUUUGAAAUCAAAAUCCAACCCUGGCUAGACGGUCUACCGUACCCCAACUGGCCCAGAUGUACCUCUUUCCAACUAACCAUGCCUUUAGGUUCGCAAAUUAUACAAGUAAGAAGUCACCGUCGCCGCUAUCAACAGUAGUCAGCACCACUAGUUGAUUUGACCCACUGACAUGUUGUAAUGUAGAAUGUUAGAGGACCCCUCCUACGAUUCCAUUGUACGUUGGGGCGAGGGUGGUGAGAGUUUUGUCGUUCUCGAGGUAUGAAUCGCCACCAAGAAAAACAUCCCCACCAAGAACUAACACCUUUGCAGAAUGAAAAGUUUACCAAGACCAUCCUGCCCAAGCACUUCAAGCAUAGCAAUUUCGCAAGUUUCGUUCGCCAGUUAAACAAGUACGAUUUUCACAAGGUUAGACAGAACAAUGAAGACAAUGUUCCAUCUCCAUACGGUCCUAGUGUCAGUAUUUGUCCAUCCUCCUCCCAUCCAACAACCAAACUAAUGGCAAAGUAGGCAUGGGAAUUCAAACAUCCCGAAUUCCAAGCCAACAAGAAAGAUUCCUUAGAUAACAUCAGGCGAAAAGCACCCGCUCCACGAAAGUCUGCCCAAACCUCCGAAGACUCGUAUCCUUCCCAGCAAAUAGAUCUCAUCAAUAUUCAGUUAACGGCCACUCAGCAACAACUCGAGCAUUUAUCCGAAAGAUACCAAGAUCUUGCUCAAGGCCAUGUGGUGUUGUUGCAACAAGUCGUUGCCAUGCAAAACCUCAUCAAGAAUCACGAUGGGGCAAUGCGGAAUGUGAUGGGCUUCUUGCACGGGGUCGAUGAUCAGAGGCGCAACAGUAAAGUGACGGGUCCAUGUGGAAAUGAUGUGGGAGGGAUCAGUACUGGCGAAUCGCUUUCGAACGAUCGGGCGGUGGAUGAUCAUCCAGCAUCUCCUUUACAAAAAGCAUCCGCAUUACUGGGGCAAUACUCGGCAGAGAAUUUGCCCAACCGAGAGUUGGAGCAGAUGACACAUGAACACCAUCUACGCGCCGAUUACUCGACUCCUCCAAACGAGCAGCAUGUGACUACAAGUUUGCCAACUCAGGGGAAUGCUACCAGUGCUCCAAUGGGUCAUCCGUCAGCCACUGAUGUAGAGAAUAUGGUUUAUCCGGUAGGGCACACCAACGGAAUCGAUCCCAUUGAUAGCGAACACAUCAACAAUAUUCCUUAUUCACUUCCAGCGGGUGGAAUGAUGAAUGUAAACCCAAUGCCAGAAAUUCAACCUGAAGAAGAUUCGACCUCCAAUCGAAAGAAGAGUUUGAUGGAACCCAUAUGGGGGAUCAAUAAACCACGAGUACUACUGGUGGAGGAUGACAGGAUGUGUGCGAAGAUUGGGUCCAAAUUUCUCCAAAUGUACGAAUGUGGGGUAGAGAUAGCCGUAAGUUAAGGUCCCUUGAGGUUCUUGGUGUGAGGGACUAAUCUUAUAACAGAGAGAUGGGCUUGAGGCUGUGAACAAAAUGAAUAAUGGUGGCGACCAAUUCGAUUUGAUUCUCAUGGAUAUUAUCAUGCCUAAUUUAGAUGGUGUCUCUGCCACGGUUUGUAUACGAGACCUAAGACCCAACAUUCCGAUUAUAGCCAUGACAUCCAACAUAAGGGCCGAUGAUAUAGACAUGUAUUUCCGAUAUGGUAAGUGGAUGUCAGAAAGUCUUUGGAACAGUUCUAACCUGAAAUAGGAAUGAAUGAUGUAUUACCAAAACCAUUCACCAAAGAAGGCAUGCUCAAGUCACUUCAAAAGCAUUUACCAUCUUUCCUCAAAACCGCAAACCCCCAAUUUCCGAAUUCGACGCAAAUGCCACAAACCAUUGGAUUUUCAUCAUCCAGUAACUCCUCACAUCCACCACUUGGCUUGAACCUGGGACAAUUAUCAGCUACGCAAUCCAUGAAAGACGAGACAUCUCCAGGAAAAUCUCCGGCCACUGUUGCAUCCUGGCAUUCACCAAACACGAUACCUGGUCCAUCGCCGGAUGGAAAUGCACCCGUGGGGUAUCAUAUGCAACCCAUGAGGGAAAGCCCUUACGCGAUGACUCCUACGCAACCUACACAUCCUCAACCUGCUUAUCCGCCUCCACAAAACUCACCGCUGGGGCCUCCGAGGGGUGUUGCACCACAUCGAAGGGUUAUGUCGGAUAUGAGCUCGGGUGGGGUGAGUGAUGAGCAUGAUGUUAAGAGGCAGAGAAUGUAUCCUGCUCCUGGGGGGUAUCAGCAAUAA